CAUGUUCCGCGGCGCGAGCGGCAAGGAACCGCCGUCCACGGUGACCGUCGCGCUGAGGACGAACGAGAACGCGAACGCGAAGAAGAUGGCGUCGCACGGGGACGUCCGCGCGAUCGUCCCCGAGGACGGCGUCGCGCUUCAGUGGCGCGACGUGUCGUACUCGGUGACCAAAAAGGCCAAGUCGAAGGACGCCCCGGUCGAGGCGAAGGUCAUCCUCGACGGCCUCAGCGGCGACAUCUUCGGCGGCUCGCUGCUCGCGCUCAUGGGCCCUUCCGGAAGCGGGAAGACGUCGCUGCUGAACGCGCUCGCGUUCCGCGUCCCGAAGGGCCCGGGCGCGAGCGUGAGCGGGACGAUCUACGCGAACGGCGAGGAGGUGGCGACGCCGACGAAGAUGUCGCGCAUCUCCGCGUACGUCGAGCAAGAAGACGCGCUGUUCGCGCUGUCCACCGUCCGCGAGACGCUCACGUUCGCCGCGAAGCUCCGGCUGCCAUCGGACGCGACCGCGGAGGAGGUCGAGGACGCGGUGUCGACCGUCAUCGCGGACCUCGGCCUCGUCGCCGCGGCGGACACGGUGGUCGGGAACGAGAUGAUCCGAGGGAUAUCCGGCGGCGAACGCAAGCGCGUCGCGAUAGGGAUGGACCUCCUGCACGACCCUAAGCUCAUUUUCAUGGACGAGCCCACGAGCGGUCUCGACGCGUUCCAGGCUCUGAACGUGAUGACGACACUGAAAGACCUCGCGGUGAGGAAGGGACGCACCGUCGUCGCGAGCGUGCACCAGCCGCGGUCGUCGAUCUUCGCGCUCGUGGAUCAUCUCGUCUUACUCAGCGGAGGAAGGGCGAUGUACCAGGGCGACGGGCACAAGGCGUGCAGCGCGCACUUCGCCGCGCUCGGGGAGCCGGUCCCGAAGGACUUCAACCCCGCGGAUCACUUCCUGGACGUCAUCUCGAUCGAUUAUCGCUCCCCGGAGCAAACCGUCGCGACGAAAGCGCGCAUCGAACGCAUCGCGAAAGCGUGCGACGUGAAGCUGCACCCGCUCGUGGCGCCCGCCGCGCUCGCGCCCGCGGGCGCGGACGACGACGACGCGGGGACGACGCGCAAAGAAGGCGAAGACGCCGCGAAGGUUGGCUUCGUCGCCGCGUUUUGGGUCCCGUUCACGCUCCUCCUCGCGCGGACGUGGAGAGAGCAAGUCCGCGACGUCGCGAGCCUGAGCAUCAAGUACAUCAUGAACACGUUCUUCUGCCUCCUGUUCGGUAUCGUUUACCUGAGAAUGAAGACGGACCAGACGUCGAUCCAGGACCGCACAGGGAUCUUGUUCUUCCAGGCGAUGAACCAGGCGUUCGGAAGCGCGAUCGGGAUUUCGAAAAUCAUCCCGUCGCAGCUGAAAGUCGUGAACCGCGAACGCGCGGCGCGGAUGUACACGCCGCUGCCGUACUACCUCUCCACGUUCCUCGUGACGCUGCCGUUGGAGCUCUUCCCCGGUAUCCUGUACGGCACGGUUAUUUACUUCAUGACCGCGCUGCGAGAGGGCACGGAGUAUUACCUCACGUACCUCGCCAUCAUGUUGCUCGAAAACUUCGCGGGCAUCGGCCUCGGGAUGGUCCUAUCCGCGAGCUUCACGUCCGUGGAGAUGGCCCCGCAGCUCGCGCCCGCGUUCGUCAUUCUGUUCCUCAUGUUCUCAGGGUUUUUCUUGAACGAGAACAACGUCCCGAUCUACCUCAUCUGGCUGAGAGAGGUGUCGUUCAUUCGGUACGCGUUCCAGGCGCUGAGCGUGAACGAGUUUAAAGACGCGACGUUCUCGUGCUCCAGCGGCGAUACCUCGUGCAUCACCGGGAACGAGCACCUGGAGCGUCUGAACUUCGACGACGUCACCGUGGGGGGGAACUGCGCCAUCUUAGCGGGGAUCAUCGUCGGGUUCAAUCUCUUAGCGCUCGCGAUCGUGUACUACCGCCAACCGUCGUACCUCGCGUUGGGGAAGGACAAGGCGAAGGGGACGUGACCCGGUGUCCCGUGCGAGUAGCUCACGCCUCGUGCGUCGUUUUCAUUAUAAUGUUCUACAUU